ACCGCACGCGCUUAUGUGUGCCUCUCUGAGUUAUAGGGGUGCCGAAACUGGCACCCCUUGCAGUCCUACUGGAAGGGACAUGUGCCCCGAAAGUGCUGUGUUUCCAGCACUGACUAUGUGAACAAAUUUGUAAACACGAACGUCUUACCAGCCGUAAUUGUUUUGGGCGUUAACAACUAGCUUGAGCAGCAUGAAUGACCAAGCGACUCUGUUGAAAUGGGCUCAGCAGCUGCCUGCCCCGGCGUCUGGAAGGCAGGCAUGUGCAAAGCUACUGGAGGCGGUCUCGCAGCAGCGUCUGGCGCUGCCUGCCAUACAUCAGGCGGGACUGCUGCAGCCCUUGUGCGCAGCGCUGCGCAGCAAGGACCCCGCCGUGCCGCAGCGCUCCGUGGCGGUGCUGCUGGAGGCCAGCCGCUGCGGCCCCGGCGGUGAGCUGCCCCUGGCCGCCGCCCCCGGCUGCUGCCAGGCGCUGCUGGACCUGCUGGCAGCACACGCGACCCUCACAUCCAGCGUCUUCGCAGCGGCGGAGCCGCCCCAACACCAGCCCAAGCAGCAGCAACAGCAACAACAGCAGUCCCAGCAACAGGGGAGCGAAGCGGCGGGUGGCAGAGCGAGCGGCGCAGCAGCAGCAGCAGCAACAGCUCCUGAUCCUGCGGUGCCCAGCGGUCAGAAAGGCACGGCGGGCGGGGCAGCAGCGACGGCAGCGGGCUGGGUUUCGGAGCCGGGUGCCGCUGCUGCCUGGGAGGACCCGCAGGCUGCUGUGCAUGCUGCGUGUCUGCUGCUGUGGCGUGUGAGCUCGGACGCGGAGGCGAGGGAGCUGCUGCGGGGGGGGACCAGCGCGCUGGUGCCGGUGCUGAUGGCCCUGCUGGGCACCCCCUCCGCGCUGCUCCGCAUGGCAGUCAGCGGCGCCCUGCACAACCUCAGCCAGGCGCCCCGGGUGCAGGCGCAGCUCAUCAGCAGGGCGCAGGAGCUGCUACCCAUCCUCCUUGGCCUGAUGGGCCGGGCGGGGCCGGACCUGCGGGCGGCCUUGGAAGGCGACAGCACCGCCGCCGCCACGUCAGACACAUCCUCGCGCCACCAGCACCACCACCACUCGGGGCUGAUGGCGGCCGCCGCCGCAUUCGCUGCAGCCUCCAGCCUGCCCGGCCCCACCGCCCCGCCGCCCGGCCCCGGAGGCUCCUCACAACAGCAACCCCAGCAGCCCCAGCAGCAGCCGCAUGCAGGCCGCAGCACCACCUCGGCACGCCGCCAGCCGUCAUCCAACCUGGGGGCGGCCUCACCCGCAGCCGGCGGCUCGGCCCCGCAAGUGCAGCAGCAGCUGCAGCCGCAGCCGCACCUGCAGCUGCAGGCGCUGCUGCAGCAGGCGGGUCAAGUGGGCCCGCCGCGCAGCGAGACGCGCAGCGGCGGCGGCGCACCCAGUGGCGGCGGAGGCGGAGGAAACACAGGUGGCGGCGGAGGCGGCGGCAGCCGCUCGCCGCUGUCGCCAUCGUACGGCAGCUCUCCGACGGUUCCGGCGAUGUCCGAGGUGACGGCGGCGGAGGCGGUGGCACUGACGCUGGUGCACGUGGCGGGGCUGCUGUGUGUGCUGUGCUGCCACCCCUCCGCGGCGGCGGUGCUGGCGCUGCCGGAGGGGCAGCCGCUGCUGCGGCGCCUGCUGCGCUCCCUGGCGGCGGCGGGCUGCGUGGCGGUGGCGCACAUGGCGCCCGGCAAGGCCGCCUCCUCCCACUCGCCUCCCAGGCUGCACCCCCAGCAACAGCAAGGGGGGCAGCAGCCGGGCGGGCAGCAGCAGCAGCAGCAGCAACGUCAGCAGCCGUUGGUUGAUGCGCUGACGCGGUUUCAGCUGCUGUGCGGCGGGGUGGUGGCGGCGCUGGCCGGACAUGCGCCCCUGGCGGCGGCGGCAGGCGCCGCUGCAGGAGGUAAAGCCGCUGGUACGGCAGCGCCGUCAGCGGCGGCGGCAGCAGGAGUGCCCAUCGCUAUCAUGUCGGCGCUGUACGGCUAUUGUCGUGAGGCCGACGCCGCGGGCCUCAUCGUCGUGGCGGCGAAUCCAGGGGUGGCGGCGGCGCUAGCGCUGGCGCUGCAGUACGGCACCCGAGCGCUGGGUGCUGACGUCAGCUUGGCCUUCCCCCACCCGCAUGCACAGGUAGGACCCGGAGGUGGUGGCGGCGGAGGUGGAGGCGGAACGGCGGGAAGCGACUCCAGUCAGAAAGGCGGUACCGCUGGCACCAGCAGCAGCGGCGGCGGCGGCGGCGGCGAUAACGUGACGACGGACGGCGGCGGCGGAUCCGCUCCGUUGGACCCAGCGGCGGCGCUGGCGGCGGCCAGUUUCGCUCUGCAUGCCGUACGUCUCAUGGCAUGUAACGCCCCCGCGACGGAGGUCCUGAUGGCUGGGGACUGCGGCGCCCUGCAGUGCCUUCGUACCCUGACGUACUUUCUAAUCGAACGCAGCAUCCAGCAAACCUUGUCAUUGGACGAGCAAUCACUUGCCGUACAGGCGUUAGCAUGCGGCACGCUAGCGCGGUUGGCGGAGCAGCCGGCGGCGCGUGCGACGGCGGUUGUACGGGAGGCGCUGUCGCCGCCGCUGGAGGUGCUGUCGGCGCUAGCCGUACUGCUGCUGCUGCCGGCGGCGGCGGAGACGGAGGCGCCUCAGGGUGCUUGUGUGGGUGCGAGCGAGGCGGCAUUGACGGCGAGCCGUAGCUUCGUGGCUUCGCUGCUUGCUGCGAUUGCGCAGUACGGACCGUACACGUACGAAAUGUUCACACAGGUCAUCGUCAACACCCGCGGCGCCCUGGGCACCCUCAUCUCCCUCAUCCCCGCCCCCGCACCCCCAUCAGCACCGGCCGCCGCCGCCGCAGCCUCCCUGCCCGCAUCCAGAGCAGACCGCGACCGGACCGAGCGAACCGACAUCUCUGCGUCGUCGCUGCCUCCGCCCUUCAGCUUCCCCACCUCUUCCGAUGCUGCCUGCGGCGGCGGCGGCGGCAGCAGCACCCCAGCCUCCACCAGCCUGCCAGGCGCCCCCCUGCCUCGCUCCGAUUCGGCAACGCUCCCAACGACCACAACGGCCCUGGCGCCCGCGACUUCCUCCGCCUCGGUCUCCAGCGGCAGCUGCAGCCGGCAUGGACGCCGCGUUGGGGCUGUGUGGCGUGGCGGCUCACGCGCGUGACGUGGCGCGGGUGCUUGCGGGGAAGACCACCCUGGUCGCCACACUGCUGGGGUGGCUCCGGGAGCGCAGGACGGGUGGCCUGCCGCCCCCGUCCGACCCCUCCUGCCCCGCCCGGCAGUGGCAGUGGCAGUGGCAGUGGCAGGCCGGGUGGCAGGGGCAGCCGGUGCUGCGGGUCAAGGUGC